GAAUGAGAAAGAGGGAGGGAGAGAGAGAGAGAGAGAAGUGGACACCCUAAACAGAUGCCAAAGGGUGACCACAAGCGAAAACGAAUGCCAAUUUGUGUCUAUACAUUCUUGUAGACGUUAGAAAAUAUAUCCCUAACUUAUUAUUUGAAACAUUUAUGAGAAGUCGACGUCCACAUGUGUUGAGAAUGAUGAGGCUCUUCUGUGCAAUUGUGCUUCUAUGGGCAUCCUCCGCAGAGUGCCAGCAAAGAGGUCUCUUCCCUGCUAUCCUCAACCUGGCCAGUAGUGCGGAGAUCACCACCAAUGCAACCUGUGGAGAGACAGAGCCGGAGAUGUACUGUAAGCUGGUGGAACAUGUACCAGGAAGGCGGUUGCGCAACUCUCAGUGUCGGACCUGCAAUGCCCAGAGUCCAAACCCCAAAGAGCAACAUCCCAUCACUAACACCAUUGACGGCACCAAUGGGUGGUGGCAGAGCCCCAGCAUCAAAAAUGGCCGCCAAUUCCACUGGGUUACCCUCACUCUGGAUUUACGCCAGGUUUUCCAGGUGGCCUACAUCAUCAUCAAAGCGGCCAACUCCCCUCGUCCUGGGAACUGGGUCCUGGAGCGCUCUGUGGACGGCGUGGAGUACAUGCCCUGGCAGUAUUACGCCAUCAGCGACACGGAGUGCCUGACCCGCUACAACAUCACCCCUCGCCUUGGACCGCCAACCUAUAAGCGGGACGACGAGGUCAUCUGCACGUCCUACUACUCCCGCCUGGUUCCUCUGGAGCACGGAGAGAUCCACACGUCACUGAUCAACGGACGACCAAGCGCUGAUCAGCUCACACCCGAGCUGCUGGAAUUCACCUCAGCCCGCUACAUCCGCCUGCGUCUGCAGAGGAUUCGCACACUUAACGCCGACCUCAUGACCCUCAGCUACCGUGACCCCAAAGAGGUUGACCCAAUUGUCACAAGAAGGUACUACUAUUCAAUCAAGGACAUCUCAGUAGGCGGGAUGUGCAUUUGUUACGGCCAUGCCCAGAACUGCCCCUUUGACCCAGUUUCCAAGAUGUCACAGUGUGUGUGUGAGCACAAUACAUGUGGGGAGAGCUGUAAUGAGUGUUGCCCCGGCUACCAUCAGGAACCGUGGCAACCGGGAACCCUUGCCCACAGCAACACAUGCGAGAAAUGUAACUGCCACAACAAGACGGUUGAAUGCUAUUUCAACCAGACUGUGGCCAACCGAAAGAUGAGCAUGAACGUGCACGGUCGCUUCCAGGGUGGGGGCGUUUGCCUCAACUGUACCCAGAACACGGCUGGUGUCAACUGUGAGACCUGCGCUGAUGGCUUCUUCAGGCCGCACAAGGUGUCACCCUACACUGAGAACCCGUGUGUGGAGUGCGGCUGUGAUAUGAGAGGGUCUUCAAAUCCUGCCUGCAUCAGAGAUGACCACCACGCCAAGCCGGAGAAAGGUCUGAAUCCAGGCCAGUGUCUCUGUAAGGAGGGCUUCGCGGGGGAGCGCUGCGACAGCUGCGCCUUCGGCUACAGGGACUUCCCUCUGUGUUCACGCUGUGACUGCAGUCUGGAGGGCAGCCUCAACACUGAUCCCUGCACUGAGUGUGUCUGCAAGGAUAACGUGAUGGGAGCCAACUGUGACCUGUGUAAGCAAGGCUUCUUCAGCCUGGAGGCCAGUAAUCUGGAGGGCUGCACUGAGUGCUUCUGCUUUGGUGUGUCCGGAGUGUGCGAGAGCUCAGCCUGGUCAAUGUCUCAGACUGUGUUCUCCAAUGGAUGGCUCCUUCCCACCGAAAGCCCCUCCAUCUACACGGCACCCGUCACUGAUGAGGACAGCAACCUCAUUGUCCCCAACAUCACCACCAUCCAGGCGGACCGCUUUGUGUCCGUGUGGGCCGCCCCAGGCCCCUUCCUGGGCAACAGAUUGACGUCGUAUGGAGGCUUUCUGAACUACAGUGUUGCCUACGACGUUUCAGUGGAAAACGUGGAUAAGUCUUUGCCGUCACAGUUUGAUUUGAUAAUUGAGGGGAACGGCAGAACCCUACGACAGAGCACCCCCAGGCAUCUUUUCCUGACGCCGUUGCGCGAGCAGUUGGUCGCCGUGCGGCUCCUGCCAGAGGGAUUUGUGGACCUACACACAGGCCACAGAGCGGACCGGGACCAACUCAUGACGGUCCUGGCCGACGUGGCCAGACUGAGGGUCCGAGGGCACCUCAAUGCCAGCGCGGAGGGGGCGCUCCGGCUGAGCGCGGUAUCCCUUGACGUGGCGGACAUCAACGCGGCCAGCCCGAUCCAGGCUCUCAACGUGGAGCAGUGUGAGUGCCCCUGGGGUUACUCUGGCACAUCCUGUGAGCAAUGUAUGUCUGGGUUCUAUCGCGUCGGGGGAAUCCUGUUCGGAGGGAACUGUCUCCAGUGCGAGUGUAACGACCACGCCACAGAAUGUGACACCAACGGAGUCUGUCUGGACUGUACCCACAAUACCACUGGGCCCCACUGUGACCAGUGCCUUCACGGUUACUAUGGCGACACCUCGGAGGGCACCCCGGAGGACUGCCAGAGAUGCGCUUGCCCGCUGACAGUGGCAACAAACAAUUUCAGCCCCACCUGUCUGCUGGAGGGUCCUGGCCAGGUGACGUGCGAUCAGUGCCAGCAGGGCUACGCUGGUACCAAAUGUGACAAGUGUGCUAAUGGUUACUAUGGCAAUCCCACAUUGGAGGGCCAGCAGUGUGCGGUCUGUGACUGUAACGGCAACGUAGACCCCGAGGAACCGGGCCAUUGUGACGGCAACAGCGGUGUGUGUCUCAAAUGUCACCGGAACACCAGCGGAGACCACUGCGAGAGGUGCCAGGAUGGUUACUACGGUGACGCCGUCACUGCCAAGAGCUGCCGGGCUUGCGGUUGCCAUGGAAACGGGUCGUACUCCUCCCUGUGUGAUCUGACUACUGGGGAGUGUAGUUGCAAGGCCAACGUGGUGGGAGAGAAAUGCAACCUGUGUCAGGUGGGCUUCCAUGGUCUUCUGAGUGGACAGGGGUGCAGAGAAUGUAACUGUAGCCAAUCAGGAUCUGUGUCGAUGGCAUGUGACGAGGAGGGGCAGUGCCACUGCAUCCCGGGAGUGGCCGGCCUCAAGUGUGACCACUGUGACCAUGGUUUCUUCAACUACCAGGACAGUGGCUGCACUCAGUGUGAGUGUUCCCACACUCAUGGGAAUUGUAACUCAACGACGGGAGAGUGUAUCUGCCCCCCCCACACCAGAGGAGAGAGGUGUGAGCACUGUGAACAGGGUCACUGGGGUCACCAGGCUGUGGCAGGCUGUAAGUCAUGUGACUGUAGCGAUGUGGGCAGUUCUGCCACCCACUGUAACGUCACCGACGGGCAGUGUCAGUGCCACCUCGGCUAUGCCGGCCAGAAGUGUGACCGCUGCGCCAUGGGUUACACGGGCUACCCAGAAUGCACGCCGUGCAACUGCAACAUCAUGGGCACCAGGGUGGAGUUCUGUGAUGAGGAGCUGGAUGUUUGCAGUUGUGAGAACCCAGGGACCUGUAUGUGCAAGGACAACGUGGGUGGCAGCGGUUGUCAUGAAUGUAAGGCGGGAACGUUCGGCCUGUCUGGCCCCAACCCGGCUGGGUGCAGUCCCUGCUACUGUUCUGGGGUUUCAUCAGACUGCGAAGAGCUGAGUGGAAUGGUCAGGGUGCCGAUCUCACUAGGCUCUGAUCCGGAGCUGCUCAGUGUGGUCAGUCAGAGUGACCUCCGGGGGAGUGUGGAGGGGGUCUACUACCUGGCCCCAGACAUGAUGCUGGACACCAGGGACAUCAAAACCCGCACCCUGGCCGGACCCUACUACUGGAGGCUGCCCAAACACUAUCAGGGGAACAGGCUGUUGUCGUACGGGGGGAAGCUGUCCUAUGUGGUGGAGUUCUACGCCCUGGAUGGGGCCGGUCUGUCCAACUAUGAGCCCCAGGUCAUGAUGAGGGGGGGGCACCUGGGCAAGCAGGUCAUCUACAUGGACAUGCCUGCCCCUAACCACCGGGUCAGAACCCAACAGCACAUCCCACUGACCGAGCACAAGUGGAAAUAUUUCAAUUCUGUGUCGGAGCAAGCUGUGAGCCAUUCUGACUUCAUGGCGGUGUUGAGCAACAUCGAGUAUAUCACCAUCAAGGCUUUCUAUGGUACAGGGUUGCAGCAGAGCAGAAUCUCCAACAUCACCAUGGAUACGGCCAUAGAGGCUGACGAGGGACGGGAGGGCAUGGUGGUGGCUGGUCUGAUUGAGACGUGUGAAUGUCCCGCCGGCUAUGCUGGACUGUCCUGUCAGGAGUGCGUCCCCGGCUACUACCGCCAGGCGGCGUCGGAGCUGAGCGGGCGGGGCAAGAGACCCCCGAUGGCGCCCUGCGUCCCCUGCCACUGUAACCAGCACAGCCAGGCGUGUGACCCGGACACAGGGGAGUGUCUGGGCUGUCAGCACCACACGGCGGGCUGGCACUGUGGCCUGUGUGCCCCUGGCUACUACGGAAAUGUGACGGGCUCCGUCGGCGACUGUUCCCUGUGUGCCUGCCCCCUCAAGGAGAACAGCUUCAGUCCGACGUGUACUCUGGAGGGAGUGGCCGGGGACUUCCGCUGUACCGCCUGCGAGCCAGGCUACGAGGGCCGUUACUGUGAGAGGUGUUCAGUCGGUUACUAUGGCAACCCGUCCUCUCCCGGGGGGAGGUGUCAGGUGUGUCAGUGCAGUAGUGUGGGCUCCCUCCACUCCGUGUGUGAGUCUCUGACCGGCCGCUGUGAGUGCAAGCCCAGAGUCAGGGGGUUCCUGUGUGAUGAGUGUGAGGCGAGACACGUCCUGGAGCACGACCAGUGUGUCUCCUGCGAUGAUAAGUGUACAGGGGUCCUCCUGGAUGACCUGGAUGUAUUAGAGAGCUCCUUCCUGUCUUUCAACCUGACCGGGGUCAUCCUGUCCCCCUACAGCACACUGGUUAGCCUGGAGAACGACACACUAGAGGUCAAGACUAUGAUGUCUGGGAAGAAGAGCCCAGCUUAUCAUCUGAGCAGGACAGAAGAGGAUGUAAGAAACCUGACGCAGGACAUAGACAGACUAGUACGGGAGGCUAUAGCCCUGUUGGCCAAUGGGGACGAAGUGGUCCUGUCCACAAAUAACAGCAUAACCCAAGGAACCAAGCUCCUGAAGUACAUAAACAAGCUUCAGACUACCAUACAAGCGCUGGCCAAGGAUGUAGGCUGCCUGAACAGGACAGAGGACACAGAGGUGGGAGGGGGCAACGGCUCGUGGCUACUGGCCCAGUUGACGGACACGUUGGAGACCAUGAGAGCGGUGGACCUGGCCCAGUCCAACGCCACCUCAGAACUCAGUUCUGCGGAGGCCCUUCUCCAGAGGGUGCAGAAGAACCUCCGGGAUCCCCAGGGGGCACUAGAGUCUCAGACCCUCAACAUCUCUGCCAGGCUGAGCCAACACCAGAAACAGCUGGAGGACGCCCGGGCCCUACUGAACGGAGCGCAGCAGCGCAUCAACCAGACGCAGAGUCUUCUGGGAAAAGUCCACACCAACCUGGCGGAAUACCAGGGUCUGAAGCAGAAUGUGAGCAGACUCAACCAGACAGUAGAAGGCCAAAUGGAGGAGACUCAGUACAUCCUUGCAGAUUCUGUCAACUUAGCAGAGGAUAUGAGCAACAUUACCUUUCAGCUGGAGAGAGCCAGGGACAAUCUGGAACAGUGGAAUCCUGUGCUGAGGAAGCAUGUGGACACUCUGGUGAUGGAGUUGAGGAAGAAAGAUGCCCUGGAGCUGGUCUACAGGGCUGAGGACUACGCCCAAGAACUUAACAAUAAGGCCCAGGCUCUAAAUAGCUCUCUAUCAGAGGUGAGGAAUGGCUCUCUGAACUCCAGCAGCGCAGCACAUGCCAACCACAGCAUCAGAGCGGACGUCCUGGCUGCCAUGGAGACGGCCGAUCAGGCCAACCUGACCGCCACUAUCGCUCUCAACAUGACUCUCCACCCAGAGGUGUCCCUCACUGAUCUGGGAUCUGGGGCCGUGCAGCGUAGCGCUGGGUUACUGGCUGAGAGUCUGGCUCUAAAGAACAGCUCUGAGGGCCUCCUGGUCAACAUCAGUGAUGUGACAUGCAGAACAGCCUUGUUGAAAGACAACCUCCAUAACAGCAGUGGGCUCCUCCUCCAGCCAGCUCAACUGCUCCAAAACCUUCCCAACGGCACCAGGGAGCAGGUGCUGGAGGCCAAGAGGCAGGUUGUCAUGGCCAACACCUCCCUGCAGAGGGCGCUACAACAUCUGGAGGAGCUCCGCGUCAGGCUGGAGGAGUCCAGCACAGCCGUGGCUCAAGCCAACACCAGCGUCUCCAACACCAACCAGCUGGUGUCGGACUCCCACACCACCACCAGCAUGGCCGAGUCAGCACUGACGGAGGCAGAGAGUCGGACCGAGCGGCUUUAUGAGCGCCUCAAACCCUUGAAGACCCUGGGAGAAAACCUGAGCAGAAACCUGUCUGAGAUCAAAGAGAUGAUCAACCAGGCCCGCAAACAGGCCGCCUCGAUCAAGGUGGCCGUACUGGCAGACUCAGACUGUGUGAGGGCCUACAAGCCAGAGGUGACCUCCAGUAACUUCAACACCCUGACCAUGACAGUCAAGACCAGUCAGCCUGACAACCUGCUCUUCUACAUGGGCAGCAGCUCCAGCGUGGACUUCAUGGCGCUGGAGAUGCGUCAUGGCAAGGUGGCGUUCCUGUGGGAUGUGGGAUCUGGCCAUGCCAAGCUGGAGUACCCCAACGUCCAGAUGAACAACAACAAGUGGCACCGAAUCAAUGCCACCCGCUUUGGGAGGCACGGCUCCCUGUCCGUUCACCAGCUGGAGUCGGAGCCCCUGCCCGCCGUGACGGCCUCCUCCCCUGGCUCCGCGACGCUCAUGGACAUCAACAAGUCCACCCUCGUCUUCGUCGGUGGUCUGGGAGGGCAGAUCAAGAAGUCGGCGGCGGUGAAGACGGCUCAGUUCAGGGGCUGCAUGGGGGAGGCAUCUCUCAAUGAGAAGAACAUCGGCCUGUGGAAUUACGCUGAGAGAGAGGGACGAUGUCGCGGCUGCUUCAUGAGUCCCCAGGCAGAGGAGACCUCCUUCCACUUUGAUGGCAGCGGAUACUCGGUGGUGGAGAAGCCUCUACGCUCCACCUCCACCUCAAUCGUCAUGCUGUUCAAGACCCUCUCUCCCAAUGGCCUGCUGCUGUACCUGGCCUCCAACGGCACGAGGGACUUCCUGUCUAUCGAGCUUGUGGAGGGCCAGGUGCAUCUGACCUUUGAACUUGGCUCAGGUCCGCUGACCCUGACCUCGAACAAAGUCUAUAACACCGGUAGCUGGUACAAGAUCACCUUGCAGAGGAACAAACGCAAAGCGUACAUGGCGGUGAUGGCUGCUGACAACUCAUCAGAGAAAGAGAUCAUGGAGGCGGAGUCACCUGGAACCGCCUCUGACCUCAACCGCUCUGACCUGGACCCAAUCUAUAUCGGGGGGCUGCCCAUGUCUCGACCUAUCAGGAGAAGAGUAGUGGCUCGGUCCUAUGUGGGCUGCAUUAAAAACAUGGAGAUCGCCCGUUCCAACUUUGACCUGCUCCAAGACUCCUACGGUGUGAAGAAAGGCUGUGUGUUGAAGCCUAUACGAAGUAUGUCAGUGCUGAAAGAGGGCUACGUGGAGCUGCCUUCAAUUACUCUUGACCCCCAGGGGGAGCUGUUGGCCUCCUUCUCCAGCCGCAACGACACCGGCAUAAUCCUAACAGGCUUCAGCAGGGCAGGAUUGCGCGUUCGCAGAGAGGCACGCCAGCCUUUCAUGGCUGUCAUGCUGGUGUCCGGGCGACUUGAAGUUCACAUCAACAUGGUUGAGGGCGGGAGCGUGCACAAGGUUGUGGUCAAAUCACGCACCGGGAGCUUCGGUGAUGGACAGGAGCACUCUGUCAUCCUGCAGAGGAACAGGAAGAUAAUGACUGUGCUAGUGGAUGAGGAUCACCAGGAGACAGUGCGUCUGUCCUCAGACAAGGCUUCUCUGACCCUUGCCUCUCUCUACGUGGGAGGCCUCCCGCCUGGGGAGGGCAAUGGACUUCUACGAACCACCUCCUCCUUCUAUGGCUGCAUCAGGAACCUGGCCCUGGACGCCAAGUUGUUGGACCUGUCUGCUGCAGUCCGGUACCACAGCGUCGACAUGGACAGCUGCAUGUUGGAGGAGAGGCCCAAGAGGGUCCUGCUGACGGAUGACACCGACCUGGAGGCCGAGCCCACCCUUGACCCCGCCCUACCUCCCCCACCACCCCCCACCCAGCUCAGUGCCCUCUCCCGUGGCACGCUCACGUGUGCGUCGGAGGACAACACCUCGUCCAUCCCAGGGGCCCACCAGUUUGGCAUCACCAGACACAGUCACAUGGGCCUGAGCAUCAACCCCAGCACAGUGAGACGGAGUUUUUCUCUGGAGCUGUCGAUGCGUACCUUUGCCCGGAGCGGUCUGGUCUACUACAUGGCCAACGCCAACCAGAUGGACUAUGCCACUCUGCAGCUGCUGGGGGGGCGUCUGUUCUUCACCUGUGACAAGGGCAGUGGGCCCGCCACCGCCACCUUCCCUGUGCCGGUUAACGACGGUCUGUGGCACACGGUGAAGACAGACUUCAGCAAGAAGAGUGUGGCAAUUAGUGUGGACGGCCAGGCAUCAGCUCCAGUGCUGGUUAAAGGCAACACUCUGGACGUGGAGAAGAAGCUCUACCUGGGGGGGCUGCCCCACACCUACACAGCCAGGAAGAUAGGCAAUGUGACCCACAGCUUAGCGAGUUGCAUCCAGAAUGUGAUGCUAAACAGUGUUAAGCUGAACACCGAAAGUCCUAUGUCUGAACACUCUACUGCACAUUGCUUCACCGCAGCCCAGGAUGGGACCUUCUUCAACGGAAGUGGAUACGCUGCUCUGAUGAAAGACGGGUACAAGGUGGGCUCGGACGUGACGGUGUCACUGACGUUCCGCAGCACUGCGCCCGACGGCGUCCUCCUGGGGGUGAGCAGCGCCAAGGUGGACGCCAUCGGCCUGGAGCUGGCCAACGGGCAGGCGGUGUUCCACGUUAACAAUGGGGCGGGCCGGGUGUCUGCGAGGUCGCGGCCGGGCUGGUGGCUGUGUGACGGCAGGUGGCACACCAUGCUGGCCAAGAAGACCAAGAACGCCCUGAGUCUGACCGUGGACGGUGUGACGGUGCUCACCGACAACCCCCACCCCCAGUCCACCUCCGCGGAGACCAAGGACCCAGUCUACAUCGGAGGCUUCCCAGUUGGAGUGAAACAAAACUGCCUUACCUCCAGAACAUCGUUCCGUGGUUGUAUGGGUAACGUCCGUCUGAUUAAGGGUCACAUGACCGACCACCUGGACUUCAGUACUGCCUUCUACCUCCAUGGAGUGUCACCCCACUCCUGCCCUGCCACAGCCGCAUAACCUUACCACAGCCGUACCAGAAUCUAACAACUACAACUUUACCAGACCCAUACCAAACCAUUCCAAAUAUGUCAUGAUUGUAUGAGGAUCAAAUUUUGACUAAAAAAAAUUACUUCAAUUUGUUUGUAAAGGAAGAUUGAAUCACCUUUUUUAUUGUGAAAAGGCAUCUUCUGAAAUGAUUCUGCAACUGUGUGUGUAUUUCUGGGCAUUUUGACUCCUCUGAAUGAUUUGGACAAUAGAAUGUCUAUGUAAUAUUCUAGAAAAUUAAAGAUUUUUUUAAAUGUAA